UUGUAGCAAGUUUAUUUUUGUGAAAUUAUGAAUAAAUAUAGGCUAGCUUGUUUCUAUUUAGACUCACUGUAUUCAAGUGGAACCAUUAUGUUAGAACUUCUCUUAGCAAACACGGAAGGAAAUAAACCGCGUACCAACGUGUUUCCCACAUCCGUGCAUCCAUGCCCAGCAGCUGCGUACGGGGUGACCCCGGGAAUACAUGUUUAAAGUAUGAUGUUUUUAUCCUAAAACUGAGAUGCUCUCUUACAUGUUUAGAACCACCGUUGCAGUCCAGAAGGUAUGGCAUUGGGCAGGUCCUCCACAAAGAUGCUGGACCUGCUGUGCCUCAACAGCAAGGCUGCCGUUUUCAGAGAUGGAUGUCAGACGAGACAAACCUACUGCUGUCCUCGGUUUCAAAAGGACCCUCAGUCAUGCAGCUCCAUUUUUAGUGUGGAGCCGGCAUUUCCACUCUUCUGCUGUGAAGCAGAAGAAGCGACCAAAGCUUGAACCUCCCCGAGAGCUGGAUCUGCUGCGCUAUGACAUGAAGGACUUGUGGAAAGGUCCCAAACCUGCCCUGUACCUGGGGUUUGCAGGGCUGAUCCCCUUUGUCGCCCCUCCCCUGCUCAUGGCUGUGACCGAGAGCUACUCUCCAGAGUUGGCCUAUGCUCAGUUAGCUUACGGCGCCUCCAUUGUUUCCUUCCUGGGUGGAGCUCGCUGGGGAUUUGCUCUUCCUGAGAGCAGCCCAGCAAAACCGGAUUGGAUAAACUUGGCCAACAGUGUGGUUCCCUCCCUGUUAGCCUGGGUGUCCAUGCUGAUGAGCGACAGCAUUGUUCCUGCAGCCACCAUGGUUAUCAUGGGACUAGGAAUAUCGCUGCACUAUGAUCUGUCUCUGCUGCCCACUUACCCCAGCUGGUUUAAAGCGCUGCGCUCCAUCUUGACCACUGUGGCAUUUUUUUCUCUUAUUGGUACACUCAUAAUAAAUGGAAUAUACCUAUAAAAGAAGCUAUUCUCAGAUUAAAUAGUAUAAUAAAAUAUAAAGCUCCGAUGUUUUUAUUUUGGAGGGCUUAUAUAUUAAAAAAAAAUUUUCUGCCCCUCUUCUGUCUUCUAUCACAGGUCUGUCUGUCUUUUUUUCUUGAGCAAAACUGGCCUAUGUCUAAUGUAUAGAAAUUGUUUAUGUAUGUGUACCAUGUUUCAAAUUAUUCUG